AUGAGCGGGGAGCCCUGGAACGAGCUCGCGCUGCCGGCCCCGAGCGCGCAGAGCUCCGUGCUGUUGCCCCGCGACCCGCAGCUCCAGCUGUGCGCUGCCCUGGGCGGCGCGGCGAACGAGGCGCGGGGCGCCCUGCGGAAUCAGCGGCUGCGUCUGGACGGCGGAGUUCUGCGCUCCGUGCUCGGCGUUUUCCGCUCCCGCAUGCGCAAGCACAGUCGUCUCGCUACGCGGAUUGAACCGCGCUCGUCAUGCUGCUCUCCCCGUGUCCGCGUGCAGGUGGACAAGUGCUUCACUCGACUCUUUGACUUGAAGCUCGAGCUGCGUCUGCAGGAGCUGCACGGAAGCUGCACGAGCUUACCAGAGAGCAUGGCGGGCGAUGCCGUGUACGUGCCCAGCCGCCCCUUCCUCGAGUGGAUGGCGCUGCUCGUGAUGGGAGCUUCCAAACUCGUCCUGCACACCGUCGCCAUGUGCGAGCGUGCCUUCCUGUUGGUCCUGCAUCACCUGCACCUGGAGGAAUACAUCACCCUGAACCUGCUGCUCACCGCCGUGCUCAGCCGCCUCUGCGUGGUGUGCAAGCCGAUUCUGCUGGCCCUGGUGGGCCUGUACGGCGAGCUGCGUGCCGUGCUGCGCACCGUGAGCAGCCUACACGGCGUCUCGAUGGCCAAGGGGUUUGAGUUCCCCGACGCGCUCGCUGAGUGGCUGGGCCCUGACUUCACGCACGUCCUGGAGAUCGGCGCUCCACUCCAAGUGCACAAAGCCAAGAUCAGCUCGGACCUGCUGGAGUUGCUGUUUGUUGCCUCGGAUGAAACAUUUGGCGACUCCGGGGAUGAAUUGGUGGAGAAUCCGGCUGUUGCUGCUGCUGCUCCUACCGCUGCUACCACUGCACAACCGAGACCCCGGUCGCAGGAGGUGAUGGUUCCUGACAUCGGGAAGCGUUUGGAGCAGGGAGGAAGCCGGGACCCCGUGGAGUGCAAGUUGGACUGGCUCAUGCAGAACACACAGAACACGGGCCGUGGCGCAGAGAGAGAGGUCAACAAGAGAGAUCCAGGAAAAUCCCAGAUAAUUUCGUGUGUGGUGCCAGCGGCGCCGGCGGCUCUGUGGCUUUCGAGCGGCGCAUGCGACGCAACAACAUUUACCGAGUUGACUGAUGCCCUGGGAGCCCUCGUCCGGACCUGCAGUCGCCAGCACCAGAGGAGGCCGAUGCUGUACUUGGGAGGCCUGAGGCUCAAGUGUGCGAGGCUCGCCAAGCUGGAGCGGCUGGGCUAUGAGCUACAGGCGAAGUUUCGUCAUAUGAAAACAAUCGUGCGCCGGUUCAUGCGGAGAGACGUGACGGCGCCGUGGCCUGGAGCCUCAAAGGAACAUCUCACAAAGCUACGGCGUUAUCGCCAGGCGAGCCGGAAACAGUUUCCGGCUUCUGCCGUGGACACGACUGCAGAUUCCGAGUCGAGCCCAGCCACGACACAGAUCGUUGGACAUCCUGUCGACAAUGCCACCCUUGGGCCCCACGCCGCGUCGGGUUAUCGCUUCACGGAGCAGCACGGAGGGCCCCAGGGCCACACAGUAUUCACAGGCCACAUGGGGCCCAACACAGAGGACACCCAUGACUUGGACAUCGAUGACAUCUUCUCGGCGCUCGGCUGCUGAAGAGUGUGAGCGAGCCUGCCCAUGAAGUUUGCACGGUUUUCUGUAGCCAUAUUGUAUUGCUGGGCAGGUUUCUUUGAAAUGUGAUUUGGUUUUUUAAAAUGUUUUUUUUAUAUUUUUAAACACUUCUAUUUCAUUUGACUUCAGAGUUAUGCCGCGAUUCAUACUGCCUUACCCAUAAGCAAGCACAUUGCACAUGUCACCCUGGAAUGCGCCUCAUCUCAACACACCUCAGAAGCUAAGCUGGGCAGCAGAGGACAGUGCAGCUAUCCAUCGUAUUGUACUUCUAUGGUUCCACGUCCAUGCUCCCCGCAUUCAGGUCUACUGCAGGGCAGGUCAUGGCCCCUGAAUGGAUGAGAGAAGAAAAAAAAGUUCCAGCAGGUGUUACCACCAUCAAAUACCCUACUGUGCAAUAUUCCUUAAGGACCCUGUACUCGCUCUGCAAUAUAUGCAGACCUCGCUGAACGCCUGGGUUAUGUUCCUAGGUUUCACAAAUAAGAGACAUGGGAAACAGGGUUGCAUGCCUUGUUCAUAAAUGACCACCCCCUACCUCUUUGUUGAACUAAAUGUUCAAAAUUUGCACCCCUUGCUAUUUUACUAAAGUAUGCUGAGUAACUCGCCAUCUCUUGUGCGCGUGUUCACUCUUUGUUUUUUAAAUUGACCUUAACACAUCCCCCCCCCCCGCUCCAUCCCUCUCCCGCACCGCGACACUCGCACCUGACGCUCGCCCCUACCAGCCCGACGCUUGAUUCGCCAUCGAGGCGUCCAUCUGACCGACGUUCUCAACGGGUGGACAAAUGGAUGCAUGACGCAAGAUGUGAACAUUUGCGUGCUGCUUGUUGAGCGAGUUACGUUAUCGCACGAAAAACCGCGCGCGAUGACUACGCCGUUCUCACGAUCGAUUCAGUCGCAACGUCCAACGGACGCGGCACUCUUCACGGCAACGCUCUUCGACGCCGGGACGAUGUUUUUAGGAGCGUCUAACCGCGUGCAGCCGAAACAAUCUCCACUAUGAAAAUAGGUUUCCCCCUUUUUCCUGGCAACAAAACGUGUUAAGAUGUUAAAACACCAAACUGAAUCUGUUUUACAAGGAAUCAUGUCUGCAUUAAUGAAAUACUUGUCAGAAUGCAAACAAAAAACGUACUCUGAUAAUAUAUGCGUUGUCUUUGAAACCGAUUGGUCCACACCAGAGACAGCUUUCUUUUGAGCCGAGUCACAAACGGUGUUUGACCAGAGGACGCCAAAAGGCGUACGCCUACGUAAAGUACGUUUGAGACUCAGCUCGUAAGAAAGCUGUCUCUAGUGUGGACCAAUCAGUUUCAAAGACUGCAUAUAUUAUCAGAGUAUGUUUUUUGUUUGCAUUCUGACCACAAGUAUUGUGGUUAAUGCAGACAUGAUUCCUUGUAAAACGGUUUCAGUUUGGUGUUUUAACAUCUUAACACCUGUUUUGUUGCCAGAAAAAGGGGGGAAAACUUAUUCUCAUAUUUUGGUACUGGCAAAGGAGGUCCCAUGAUGAAUCUCCCGGGUGUUCCGGAAAACAGACCUCUUCAGGUCAACCGUGUUGUGCCGGAACCCGCGUUCGAGAAAGCCACGUUGGGCAAGGUUUUCCUGUAUUCAUGUGUUUUGUUGUUGCUGUGCUCACGCGAAACAUGCCCAUCUAUCUAACAAAUAAACUUAAGGUCUUGAUUGGCCGACUAAAAUUUG